CCAUUACCCAGAAGGCUCGGUUAUCGCAUACGUGAACUGCAAUCACGGUUGUUUCUCCAACAUGGCGUCGCUGGGAAGGAGGCGCGGUGUCCCAGUAAGCAGGGAGAGGUCAGUUCCUCCACAUCUUCACUCUUUAACCGAAUCUUUGUGUCCUAAAACUCUAUUUUAACGUCGUCUUCAUUCUCAGGAUCUUAAACAUGAAGGUCAUUUCUGUAUUAGAGGUAAACUCUGACGGGACAGGAGUGAAUUUGAUGCCAUGGUUAGCUAACGUUAGCAGGCUAACGAGCAGAGCUAGCUGAGGUUAGCAGAGGAGCUCAGCUGAUGUUUGGGUUCUUUCACACCGAACCAGAACCUCAGCUCCGAACUGUUCGGGUGUUAGUGGGUACAGUCUGCUCCGAUAACAUGUAGAAUCAGUCCAGUUCGGCUAACGGCUCAGUUUGUGGAGGUUCUGUUGGAGUAAAGUUGAGAGUGAACUUUCCUCAGAGUUAGCAGCUGUUAUCUAACCAGGACCAAGAACAGGAACAUCAUGUCCGGGACCCGGGUCCGAACAGAACCCGCGGACACCAAGAUUCCAGUCAGGAUUGGGUUUAAAGACCCGGGUUUAUGAGUUUAGUUAACUGGUUAGUGGUUCCGGUUCGCUGAAGGCCUCAGAGGGACGGGUCUGGUCCGGACCAAGGUCUGAGGAAGAGGAGGGAGGAAAAGGUCCGAGUAGAACCGAAACCAGUCUGAUCCCGGUAUAAAGUCAGAACCAGAGAAGAAUUAUUCAUGUUGACUUAGUUUUAAACUGGGUUUGAGUUCUGGUUCCGAGACUCUGUAGUAAUAAAAGAAAACCCGGAGAACUGAACCGAACUUAUAUUCAGUCAACCUCACAGUCAGGUCUGAAUGUUCCAGAACUUUAGUUACAUGAUUAUUAAAACUCCAACAAACACAAAAACAGGCCGAAUAAUUCUGUGUUCAUGUUCGGAGAUUGAACCAAAAACUGUUUUUAUGAACAAAGUUUCUGUUAAAUUUAAAUCACACACUUAGUGCCGGGCGAUAAAACGGUUUCAUGUGUGUUAUUCUGUUUUUACUGGGGCCGAUACUGAUUAUUAGGGGGGAAACAUCUGAUUACCGAUUAAUCGGCCAAUUUUAAAUUUUUUUAUUAAGUUAUAAAAGUAUGCUGUAGAUCAGUGUUGUUUUCGUUGACGAUGACGAAAAUAUUUCUUCAACGUCAACGAAAACAACACUGCAGAAUAUAUGUUUAGCAUUUGACUGACAAAAUGCUCAUGAAUUUUGCGACUCUGUUCGUCGUCCACCACUAUUGUCUCACCUCGUUUUUUCAUCUCAUGAUAUAUAUCGAUUUCAACUGAUGUGAAAAAAAUACAUCGUGAUAAACUUUUUCCCAUAUCGCCGAUCCCUACAGUCAGGUAUGAUGGUCGAUCUUAAGAUCCCAAGACUCCACCAAUUAUAAACACAAAAACAGGCCGAAUAAUGAUGUGUUCAUGUACUGAGAUUAAACCCAAAACAGUUUUAUAAACAAAGUCUGCACUUUAUUAAAUCACACACAAUAAUGAGUAAAAAAGUUUGACCUUGAAAUGACAGUAAAUAAAGUUUUAACCUUUUAAAAUCUGAUCCAAAACAAACAUUUAGUCUCACAGAAAAGUUAAUUGUUUGGAGUUUGAUUUUAUUGAAGUCCAGAAAUGAUGUUCAGAACAAUAUUUUUGUGAUUUUCAUAAUGAGAGUUUAUAACAACAUAAAUCCAAGAUGAAAAAUAACAAAAUCCAUAAAAAAAUAAUGUUUAUCUAACAGAGACACCCAGUAAACACGGACAUGUUCAGGCUGAGUUAAACUACAGUGACAUUCAUGCUGAGAUCAUAGAUUUCUGUUUUCCUCUCAACAGAAACAGAAACUUAACGAAUAAAAACAUGUUUUUUUUUUCUCCUCCUCAUGUUUGUCAGACAGACGCCCGUUUCUGUGUUCAGCAAAGAUAACGUGGAGGCAGUGGUCUUUGCCAAAUUAUGUGUGUGUUUCCUGGAGAAAACUGAUCCACUUUACAUGUUUGUUGGUGAAGUUUUCUCAGUGUUCACAGACUCUCUUUAAGGCAAAUAAACACAUAUUUUCAUUCACCCUGAUUAAUCUAGAACUCCUGAGGAAUCCCUCUGUCAGAUAAAGACGACGUCACCUGCUUUUCUUUUGGGAACAUUUUGGCUCGAAGUGAAUGAAUAAAAAUCAACAUCAGUUUGUGUUGAUCUUCUCUCUGAGAGGCGGUCUGCACAGAGGAAUCAGGGAGUGGAAGUGAGCUCUGAACAAAUAUAGAUUUGUAGAUCUGACUCAUUGACCUCAGUAUGGACGCUCAGCUGUGUUUGGUACCUGAGUGUGAUGAGAUGUUGUUCCAGAUGUAGUCAGGCUGUUUCUUUGAGACUGCAGCACAUUGAAGACAGAAGUACGUUCCCCUGAACUCACUCUGUGUUUAUCCUCAUCCUAUUGGACGAGCCUCCUCUCUGUGUCUCUUCUCUGUGUCCUCAUCUUUCAAAGUCGAGCUUCAUCAAACUGUUGACCGUCUGUUUUGAUCCUCCUCUCACGGCUUUGUUAAUAGAGUUCUUCAAAAAUGACAUGAAGUCAUGUCAGUGUGUUAGUGCAGCUCACAGCAGGUCCUGGCAUAGAGGGAAAACUACGGCCUGAUGCCGAUACCGAUUAUGAGGCUGCUUUUGAGCCUUUCAAACACUUCUCAGAAGUUUUAAUCUAAGAAACAUUCCACGUUUUUAUCAUGAAUCAAACUCCGACCAGAACAGCAACAUAUCUUGCGUUGGAAUGACUUAAAGUCCUCACACACCGGGGCUGAAAUUACGAAAUUUUAAGAGGCCAAUUUUGACGCGCCUGACUUUACACAUCAAGCGAUUUUGCAACUUUCUGGGGGGAAAAAGACUUUUCCCGGGGAAAGUCCCGCCUCUUCGCCUCUGAUUGGCUAGAAAAGCUGGAAACAUCAUCACACGCUCAAGCCAAAUGGUCAGCACUUAUAGCCAAUCAGAGGUGAUAAGAUAAACACAUGAAACCAUGGUAACAACCGUUAGCUUACGUUAGCACAGAUGAAGGUUCAAACAAAGAAGUUUAUCAAACUGUUAAAGCUCAUAAACCAUCGUCGUAUGAGAAAUCCGACGCUAUGACUCUCCACAAGUCGUCCUUCAGGUGUCUUUUAUCAAAAAUCACUCUGUUCUCCGACACGUAAACAAUCAGCCGGUCGGCCAUGUUGGAUAUACCGGGGAAUCUGACGUCGCAACAACAAGUAAUCUGAUUGGUCAGAAGUGGACACACAGUCUGAGAAACUUUAGAAAAAUCGACUGUGAUCCGAAAAAAUUAAUGCUGCGAUAUCGCAGGACGGGAAAACGUCGCUGAUGUGACGCUUGUGUUGACAGGAUACGGGUUCAAAAAAAAUAUUGACGUCCGAAACAACCGCACGAAAAACCCGAUCCUGGAGUGACAGGAGCUUUAUCAAUGAACCGUGAGGCGGUCCAGUCUUGUACUGAUUCAGUCUUGUUUUUCUUUCUCUCCCUGUUUCUCGCCGUUCUCUGUUUCUGUACAGGGGAGUGAUGGCGGCGACAGACUGCUACAUCGUGCACGAGAUCUACAACGGCGAGAACGCACAGGACCAGUUUGAGUACGAGCUGGAGCAGGCGCUGGAGGCCCAGUAUAAAUACAUUGUUAUCGAGCCCACACGCAUCGGAGACGAGACGGCUCGAUGGAUUACCGUGGGCAACUGCCUGCACAAGACGGCCGUGCUGUCGGGCGCCGCGUGCCUCCUGACGCCCCUUUCGCUGCCCGUCGAAUACUCACGCUAUGUAGCGUUGCCUGCCGGCGCCCUCAGCGUGGCCUGCUCCGCCCUCUACGGAAUUUCAUGGCAGUUUGACCCCUGCUGCAAGUACCAGGUGGAAUACGACAGCCAAAAACUCUCACGGCUGCCCCUGCAUACACUCACCUCCUCCACGCCCGUGGUUUUGGUACGCAGGGAUGACAUCCACAGAAAGAGACUCCAUAACACGAUAGCACUGGCUGCCCUGGCGUACUGCGCCAAGAAGAUCUACGAACUCUAUGCAGUAUGAGUGCGCUCUGAAGAGGGUUACAAACCCGCAUAAAAAAGGAAAAAGCAAACAAAAAAACAGAACCGCUCCACCCCCAGACGUAAGAAAGUGGAAGUCCCGAUCAGGCCCGGCGGUCAGCUCCUCACGCGUGGUGGGUGCUUCCAUUUUGAACUUUGAUCAGAGGGAUAUAGUUAAAACUAGAAGGAAUUGUUUCCCCCUUAUGUUUCCUUUGCUUCUUUGUGACGACAACAGCACACUUAUCUCCGUAGUACCCUCCUCGCGCCUCCCCCUCGUGCACCCUCCACCUGCAUACUUGACACACAUCAGCUCGUGCUGAAGGGUACGGCGGCGGCGGCGGCGGCGGCAGGUCCUCUGGACUGAGCGGGACUGGAGUCAGAACGGACAGUCAUGUUUUGAGUAUCAAGCUCUCUCCCCCCUUUCCCUCGUAGUUUGACUGUACCCCCUUCUUGCUGAUCAGUACAUCACCCUUUCAUUAAACAUUAGGAUAUUUCAAACUCACUUCCUGUAUUUUAUUUUACUUUUUUCAUUAAACGGAUUCUGCGUCACGUCCAGAAAAGAGCGAAUAGCUGAAGCUUCUUUGAGACUGUGUCUUGUUCAUGUUUGAGGGAGUGAAGGUCGGAUCUUUGACGACGCUCUUCUGAAACACUACAAAAAUCUGAACCCUUGUCAGGUCAGACCUGAUCAUGUUCAGGACAUUAAAAACAGGCCGAACCCUUAAAUCUGAAUCUUGAAUUGAAAAGCGUCACACUAAAGUCCACUCUGUUGUGUUUGUCUAUCCGAUGGUGCUUUUUAUGUUUUCUCUAAAUUUGGGGAGUUCAAUCUUUAAAACCUGAAAACAGAUGAAUUUAGAGAAGAGCUGUGACAGAGCGAGAGACUUCAUCUGAACAAAGAAAGUGGAAUUUAGACGAUUCUCUUUUCCUACAGCAGGACAUGAUCGAAUUAAAACCUGUAAAAGUCUAAUGAUGAAGACACUUCUAAAUUAUUCCAUAAAGCCCCUUUAAACAUAUCUCCUGAGUUUAUACCAGCUCUGGUUUUUCUUUACGGUUGGCUGUUUCUUUAACAAGUGUGAUGACGUGUUCAAAUAAAGUCUCAUAUUUUCAGACGUCUCCUGCAUUAACCUGAAACUAAUUCCCACUAAUCCAUCACAACAGUGUCAAAGCCUUUUCCCAAACUUUGUGAACAAUCAUGAGGACAUAAUAAAUCUGGAGUGUGUUUUUAACAACAGAGACAGGUUUAAUUUGGGGAAUCUGUUGCUGUUGGUUUGAUUAAUCCUGUUUUCACCUCUUUAACAUGUUCCUGUCUGGGACGAGCCGAGACCACGGAGAGUCCGAGACCCGAGAGCUCGCUGCCUGAGAAAAUAAUAACCCCACAGUUCACUGAUUUGAGGCCAGAGCAGACUCAUUAUCUGUCAGCUGACCCACAAAAUUAAGGUGGACAUACUGGUCCGGUGACUGACGGACCCCUCACACACACACACACACACACGCCAUCAUCAUGAGGAUUUACAGUAUUCAGUGAAUGACUGUCUGACAGGUCGGUGUUACAGCGACGGUAAAAACUUCCAUAUAUGUACAUUAAGGACUCUACAGUGAAGCAGCUCAGUGGAAACAGGAUAUUAAAGGACAAUUCUGAAACUUUA